AUGGCAAAAUUAACGCCGCCUCUAUCUCCGAGUUCAAAGCAGAAGGAGAGCCGCAGGCGAGUAAAUAAACAAAGCCUGUUCGGAGUACUGAGAAGUCAUAAGGAUUCACUGAGGCCAAGACUCGAUACUGGCAGGAGCUCAUUGAUAACAGACCGUAGGCAACGGUACUUGUUAAGCUCAGAUUUUGGGCUUCUUGCGAUCAAGGUUUCACGUUCAACAAGUUUAAGAUGA